CUGAUAAGGAGCGCCUCACAUUUCCAUGGCAUUCCCAUUUGCUAGUGCGCUGCUGCGGCCGCACGCCUGAUUGAUAUAUGACUGCAAUGGCACUUUUCCAUUUGACAUUCUCUCUCUCUCUCCCUCUCUCUCUCUCCCUCUCCCUCUCUCUCUCUCCCUGUGUCGCUUAAACAACAGUCCUAACUUUUGUGUGUUGCAAAUAUAAAAGGCAAGCCAUGUGACAGAGGGACAGAAGAACAAAAGCAUUUGGAAGUAACAGGACCUCUUUCUAGCUCUCAGAAAAGUCUGAGAAGAAAGGAGCCCUGCGUUUCCCCCAAGCUGUGUAGCAGAUACUGUGAUGAUUGAUUGCAAGUGUAAAGAAUAAGAAAAACUUCGGCAUACAAAGGACAAUGACAGCCAGAAAGCUUCAGCCAGAUCCUGCCCUUUCCUUGGAAGGAACUGGAUCCUAGGAGGUGGAGCCUUUCCUAUUUUUAGUACUCUGCCUCCCUCUACUGUUCUUCUUGAGAACUUUUUUUCUUACAACAAUGAGAAAUCAUGUACUAGCUGCAUCCUUCUCUAUGCUCUCCCUGCUGGCGCUAAUGGGAGAUACAGAUAGCUCCUUGAUGUUGGACUCGGACCCUCGACGCUGCAUGAGGCACCAUUAUGUUGAUUCUAUCAGUCAUCCGUUGUACAAGUGUAGCUCAAAGAUGGUGCUCCUGGCCAAGUGUGAGGGGCACUGCAGUCAGGCGUCACGCUCUGAGCCCAUGGUGUCAUUCAGCAGUAUCCUCAAGCAGCCCUUCCGCUCCUCCUGUUACUGCUGCCGGCCCCAGACCUCCAAACUGAAGGCAUUGCGGCUGCGCUGCUCAGGAGGCAUGCGACUCACAGCGACCUACCGGUACAUCCUCUCCUGUCACUGCGAAGAAUGCAGCUCUUGAAACCAGCUGUUGAGUGGUUCCUGGAUGGCUCAACUUCUCCCCCCCUCACCAAGGCAGUUCAAGCAGCUAGAGAAAGACUGACAAGGAAAGAGUUAAGGGCAAAUAAGCAAUUCCCACAGGGAUUCUGCAUAUUUUAGUAAUAAAGACUCUACAUGCUUGUUAACAGAGAUGCUCUGAGAACUUGUUUUCCAUUCCCAUCUUCAUUCCCUAUUACAAUUACUUUUGGUCCCUUUUCAGCCCCAGCCAUUUUCCCAUUCAGUGCUGAAUGCUAUUCGAGUUUCCACACAAUUCAGCAUCAGUGAGAAAAUUGGUAAGGCUGCCAGUUUUUGGUGCAGAGAACCAGGGUGGAGAAGCACUCACUUUGGAAAGCUGGAAAGACCAACUCUUUUUGGGAUACUAUCCUUUUUUUUUGUUUUGUGAGUUUUGUCUAAGCAGCCACGCUAAAGAUUAUCAAUUUUAAAUUCUAGGCACCAAAAAAUAUGUUUAGUCAGGUUCACUCAUGUCCAGCUAAGUGACAUUAAAAUGACUAACUAGCAGACUCUUAUGUAAUGCUGCAAAUCCUGAUUGGCAUAAUUAUUAUCUAGAAACGAUAUUAAGAAUGUAAGGGUGACCAAAAAAAUAACUGUCACUUGAAGGCUCUCUAAUAAGAACUAUAGUAAAAUGUAAGAGGGCAGAAUUUUAAAAUAUGGAUCCUGCACUGACUUUAAAAAGGCAUAUAUGUACUAGUGGCAUGGAAAAUGUGCUGUACUCAUGCAUGCAAAUUAGACAACCAAGUAUGAAUCUAUUCGUGGGUGUGUUAUAACUUUAAGCCAUGUUGUGGGUAUUGUUCUCUAACAUCCACUUUUCCAUGUGAAGCUUACUGCCCAAAUGGUGGCCUGGCUCAUGUUCUAAGCAUUUGGUUCAAAUAUAGUUUGAUCAUAAGGCUCAAAGUUUGAGUUAUUUUCAUCUUUUGAAAUAAAAAGAAAAUAUCUUCAAAGCUU